AUGUCCAAAAAUGAUAAGGAAACUUUCAAAGAUUAUGCGCAAAGAUGGCGCGAGAUUGUUGUGCAAGUCAGUCCUCCGUUAGAAGAGAAAGAGAUGACAAAGCUUUUCUUGAAGACUUUGAGUCUGUUUUACUAUGACAGAAUGGUUGCAAGUGCUCCCAGUGAUUUUAUCGAGAUGGUAAACAUGGGGAUGAGACUUGAAGAGGGUGUCCGUGAGGGACGAUUGAUGAAAGAGAGUGGUUUAUCUGGCAGUUCCAAGAGACAUGGGAAUGGUUUUUCCAAAAAUAAGGAACAUGAUGCUAAUAAUCACCAACAUAACCGUGUCCAAAGACAAGCGCAAUUUGAUCCAAUUCUGAUGUCCUAUGUGAAACUAUAUGUUGCUUUGAUACAAAAGAGUUUGGUACAUACUAGGACUCCACCAGCUAUUCCAAAGGAACUUCCAUGGUGGUAUAAAUCUGAUCAUCAUUGUGAAUUCUAUCGAGGUGCAUCCGGUCAUGACAUUGACAACUGUCUUGCUUUGAAAACUGAGGUGAUAAGACUAGUGCAAAGCGGUAUUUUGUCUUUUGAAGAUUCUGGUCCUAAUGUGCAAGUCAAUCCGUUUCCUAAACAUGGUGGUGCAAUUAUGAAUAUGAUUGAGGGAUGUCUUGGAAAGUACCGUGUCUUUGAUGUCAAUCUGAUUAGAAGAUCCUUGGUCGAGAUGCAUGCAAUUUUGUACGAGUUGAGUUAUUACGAGCUCAUAGAUAGGGAUGAAGAUAAGCAUUGUGUAAAUGUCAUAGUUCCCCAUUUCAAUAUCCCCGAACCAGUUGUGAUUGCCUACAAUAGUCAAAAGUCUGUUGUUUCUCCUUUGGUUAUUCGUCUGGCGGGUCCUACACCAUACGAGUCUGACAAAGUUGUUCCUUACAAAUACAAUUCUACAAUGUUGGAAGAUGGAAAGGAAGUCCCCAUCCCUCCCCUUUCUUCUGUUAUCAAUAUUGUUGAUGUAAGUGGUGUAACCCGAAGUGGUCGAGUAUUUGCUUCCGUGCCCACUAAAAGAAUUGAAGAUACUUUGGUGGGUAAGCAAGCUCAGGUGGAAACUCUUGUUGUUCUGUCAAGCCAGUCCAGUGGUGUCUUUGAGAAAGCCUAUGUAGAUCAUGAUGUAACAAUUGGUCAAUUCAAUGGCAUUGUGGCCAAGAUUACAGCAUGCAAUAAUCUGGCUUUGGAUAUUUAUAUGAAUUGCCAAGAAGAUGCUCUGUCCAAUGUGCUGGUUGACACCGACUCUUCUCUGAAUUUUAUACCAAAGUUCACUCUGUCCAAGCUCUCUUAUCAAGGUGCUCUGAUGAGGUUUAAUGGGGUUGUUGUGAAAGCCUUUGAUGGCUCGAGGAAAACUAUGAUUGGAGAAGUUGAUCUCUCGUUAAAUAUAGGUCCAUGCUCAUUUCAGAUUACAUUUCAAGUGAUGGACAUUCAUCCCACCUAUAGUGGUCUCCUAGGUCAUCCAUGGAUUCACGAAGCUAGGCCAGUGAUGUCAACCUUCCAUCAGAAGUUAAAAUUUGUGAAAAACGAAAAGUUAGUGAUUGUGGGUGGUGAACAUGCCAUGUUGGUAAGUCAUCUUUCUUCAUUCUCGUAUAUUGGUGCUGACGAAGCUAUGGUAACUCCGUUCCAAGCUCUUUCCACCGUUGAUAAUGCUGUUAAAAAGAAUGGGGAGUCCAUGACUUCUUUGAAAGAUGCCUAA